AUGCUAACAGAGGUCCUGCGCACACAACUUGUUUCCCUGCAUCACAAUAAGGACGAAAGGCUGCUGGGGAAGCUCUCCGGGAAUGGCCCUGUUACUGGAGAAGCCUGCAGACCUGGGUUCUACAAAGCCUUUGCAGGAAACAUCAAAUGUUCAAAGUGUCCCCCACACAGUUCCAGCCACACAGAGGGUUCGGCACAAUGUCACUGCGAAAAAAACUACUACAGAGCCAGCAAGGACCCUCCCACCAUGGCCUGCACACGUCUGCCCUCCUCUCCUCGAAACUUGGUUUUUAACAUCAAUGAGACCACCCUCUUUCUGGAGUGGACUCCGCCCAGCGACACAGGUGGUCGGAAGGAUGUAACCUAUAAUGUCUUCUGUUUCCGAUGUGGAGCUGAUGGCCAGGCUUGUGAGCCAUGCAACAGCAAUGUGCGCGUCAUACCCAGAUCCACAGGCCUCACAAGCACCUCUGUGGUGGUCCAGGACUUUGUGGCGCAUGCCAACUACACAUUCCAAAUUGAGGCUCUGAAUGGAGUGUCAGGCUUGGGCAGAUCUGAGAGACAGCUUGCCAAUAUCACCGUCAGCACAGAGCAGGCUGGUGAGUAG